GAGAACUUAACUCACUCCGUCAAACUAACCUGACCGAUACCCCCUUCCGGUCAACCAAAUGCACGGCCACUUUUUCACCCUCUUUCUCUCCUUUUCUCUCCCUUUCAUCUCUCCUCUCUCCUUCUUAUCCUACACCUCCGGCGCACUUUAGCAACCUGCCACGUCAGAUCUAAACCCUCUCUCUUAUGGACAAUCAAAUCACACUCGCUCCCACGCGCCGCCCUGGCGGCGGCCGCGACGACUGCUGGAGCGAAGCCGCCACCGAGACGCUCAUCGAAGCUUGGGGCGAGCGUUACGUGCAUCUCAAUCGCGGUAAUCUCCGGCAGAAAGACUGGAGGCAAGUCGCCGACGCGGUGAAUGUUCAUCGGACCGGGAUUAAACCGCCGCGGACCGAUAUUCAGUGUAAGAACCGGAUUGAUACGCUUAAGAAGAAGUACAAAGUUGAGAAAUUGAAGGCGGCGCCGUCGAAGUGGCCGUUCUUUUAUCGGUUAGAGGAGCUGAUUGGACCGAGUUCGAUGAGUGUUGGUACGAAGAAGUCGAAGAGGAGUUCGGUUUUAGCAAAGGCGAAGGCGAAAGAGAUGGUAGGGUAUUCGAUUAAUACGAGGAUGAGGAUGGAGGAUUCGAGUGGUUCGGAUGAGAGUGAGGAGUUUGGUGGAGGUAGAGAGGAGGUGGAGGAGGAGGAUGAUGUGGCUUUUAGUGGCGGUAGAAAGGCGAGAAUGGAUUAUGUGGAUUUUACUGAGGAGAGUGCGUAUAAAGAGUUGGCGAGGGCGAUACUUAGGUUUGGGGAGAUUUAUGAGAGGAUUGAGAGUUCGAAGCAGCAACAGAUGAUGGAACUGGAGAAGCAGAGGAUGGAGUUUACCAAGGAUUUAGAGGUUCAGAGGAUGAAUAUGUUUAUGGAUACACAGCUUGAGCUCGAGAAGAUGAAGCGGAUCGGAAAUGACCGGUCUAAUGGAGGAAAGAAGUUAUAGAUUAUAUCAAGUGGAGACAGAGAAUGGAGUGAGCAGUGCCAGGAAAUGGUUGCUUCCCAAAACACACCGUCUAGCGACCUCCUUUCGACAUUGCUAUGCACUUUUGUCCUGAAGUAGUAGUUUAUGUGCAAUGAAAGACUGUAAUAUUGCAGCUCUGUAAUUUGUGGUGUUGUACAUGAUAAGUUAAUUUUCUCUCAAAAUGUUGUACUCUAUCUUUUGAUUGUAACAUGUAACCUUUAUCUAGUUAGGUUUGAGUAUCGAUCACGAUUCGUCAAAUUUGUGAUUAUUAUCUAUUA